AUGAGCAACCCAUCUGCGUUUGACCCAGAGAAACCGUCGAGUUCAGCCUUGGAAAAUGUAGCCGAAAGCUCUCUGGAAGCCGUGGACGAAAAACGGCCGCACGAGGAGGCACUGCCAACUUAUGAUGUUGAGAUGGAGAAUCGAAUCCUCCGCAAGAUGGAUCUUCGUAUCAUUCCAAUGCUGGCUGUCCUGUAUCUGCUCGCUUUUCUGGAUCGGGGAAAUGUUGGCAAUGCGAAAAUCGAAGGAUUGUUGGAGGAUUUAAAUCUUACGGGGCCGCAGUACAAUUGGUGCUUGACGGUGUUCUUUUUCACGUAUGCUGCGUUCGAGCUGCCGAGUAACCUGUUGCUAAAGAAGAUGAGACCGUCAAGGUGGUUACCGUUACUCAUGGUCGCGUGGGGUAUUGUCAUGACGUUGAUGGGGGUUGUCCAUAACUAUGCAGGAUUAUUAUCGACGCGAAUCUUCCUGGGUGUUGCUGAGGCUGGUCUUUAUCCCGGAGUUGCAUACUACAUUACCCUGUGGUACCCUCGACACCGGGCUCAGUUCCGACAGGCGUUAUUCUUUAGUGCUGCCAGUAUUGCCGGUGCAUUCUCGGGACUCUUAGCAUACGGAAUUGCAAAAAUGGAUGGGGUUGGAGGCUACGCCGGCUGGCGUUGGAUUUUCAUCCUCGAAGGCCUGCUCACGAUAGUAGUAGCUUUCAUUGCUCCUUUCGCCAUCCACGACUCCCCUGAAACCGCGGGGUUCCUUACAGAAGAAGAACGAAAAUUCGUGAUCCACAUGCUGCGUACACAAAACACAGGGGGAACUGCCGAAGCCACCGAAUUUCGCAUGAAAUAUGUUAUUGAUGCCCUCCUCGACUGGCAGAUUUAUGUGUCCAUUAUCGUGUACUGGGGAAUCACCUGUCCUCUCUAUGGUAUCUCGCUUUUCCUCCCCUCGAUCAUCAAGGAUCUCGGAUAUACCUCGUCAACAGCCCAAUUGCUCACUGUCCCAAUCUACAUCACGGCGGCGGUCGUUGCUGUUAUCGCGGCGUGGUUAUCAGAUCGCCAAAAGCAACGGUCGCCGUUUAUUCUCUUCUUCAUGGGCCUCAUUGCCGCCGGGUUCAUCAUCGUACUUGCCUCAACGGGCAGAGGCGUCCCGGGUGUGGUUUACUUCGGGGUAUUUGUUUCGGUUGUCGGUAUAUAUCCCGCCUUUCCCGGAAACAUCACCUGGCUCAGUGCCAAUCUCGCCGGCGACUACAAGCGUGCUUCCGGGAUGGCCAUUCAGAUCGGGCUGGGUAAUAUGGCUGGUGCCAUGGCAUCGAACUUCUACCGCUCUCAAGACGCACCGAAGUAUAUCCUCGGGCAUGCCUUGGAACUGGGCUUCUGUGUCGCUGGCAUGAUCGCGGCGGUGAUACUUCGCCUGUCGUACCAAAUGAUCAACCGGAAACGAGAUCGGAUAGAUCUGUCAGGAUAUGAUGAGGCGGAGAUGGAGAAGAUGGGGGAUCGGUCGCCGAUAUUUCGAUAUAUGUUAUAG